AUGAAACAUAACGCCUCAUCGUUUUACAGAGAUUUACAAAGUCACGUGACCGCCGUACUAUAUGACGGCAAAUUGUCAUCGGCCAUAGUUUUUAUGUACAACCCGGUGGCUACUGAUGGACAGCUGUGCCUACAGUCCGCGCCCAAAGGGAACGUCUCGUACUUUGUGCAUACGCCGCACGCCCUAAUGUUACAGGAAGUAAAAGCCAUAGUGACACAUUCUAUACACAGCGCCCUAAACUCCAUAGGAGGCGUUCAAGUUCUAUUUCCAUUGUUCGCUCAAUUGGACCUGCCUCACGACGCGCCCGCAAAUGAUCCUAAAAGAGACCCCAUGUUAUGCUCCAAACUGCUUGGCUUCGUCUGCUCGUUGGUAGAGUCCUGCAGCACAGUACAACAGCAUAUGCUGCAAUGUCGUGGGUUCCUGGUAAUAUCGCAUAUGCUGCAACGCUGUGGCCGAGACCAUCUCACGCCGGACACGCUGGCGUCUUUCCUUCAUCUCACCAAACAUCUUGUUACUUGCUGCUCGCCGAACUCGGAUCUGUUGCUUAAACAGUCUUUUUGCCAAUCGUUCCUGACAUGGCAGCUGCUGGACCACAUACUCUUCAAUCCGGCCCUAUGGAUCCACACACCAGCGGCAGUUCAAGCCCGUCUUUACUGCUAUUUAGCGACGGAUUUCCUGGCGGAUGCUCACAUAUAUGGCAGUGUGCGACGUGUCAGCACAGUUCUGCAGACUGUCCACACACUUAAGUACUACUAUUGGGUGGUCAACCCACGCACAAAGAGUGGCAUCACGCCUAAAGGCAUGGAUGCCCCUCGACCAGCUCACAAAGACAUCCUCACGAUAAGAGCAUACAUCCUAUUGUUUCUCAAACAACUGAUAAUGAUCGGUAACGGUGUAAAGGAAGACGAACUUCAAUCGAUAUUAAAUUAUCUGACCACGAUGCAUGAGGAUGAGAACCUUCAUGAUGUGCUGCAAAUGCUGAUAUCUCUGAUGUCAGAACACCCCAGUUCUAUGGUACCAGCGUUUGAUGCCAAGGGAGGCGUUCGCACGAUAUUCAAACUGCUGGCCUCGGAGAGUCAAUUAAUAAGACUCCAAGCGCUGAAGUUACUUGGAUUUUUCCUCAGCAGAAGUACCCAUAAACGCAAAUACGACGUGAUGUCCCCACAUAAUCUUUACACGCUGCUCGCAACAAGAUUAGCUGCCAGUGGGGAGCCAUUAUCCGCCCCAGUUUACAAUGCGUUGUACGAACUGUUAACUGAGCAUGUCGGUCAACAAAUAUUGUAUACAACCCAUCCAGAACCGCAACCGCAUUUUCGCCUGGAAAAUCCUAUGAUCCUCAAAGUUGUAGCAACGCUGAUCCGUCAAUCGAAGCAAACAGAACAGCUUCUGGAAGUGAAGAAAUUAUUCUUAUCAGAUAUGACGCUUCUAUGUAGCAAUAAUAGAGAGAACCGUCGUACAGUAUUGCAAAUGUCCGUAUGGCAGGAAUGGCUGAUCGCACUAGCGUACAUUCACCCGAAGAAUACGGAAGAACAGAAGAUAUCUGACAUGGUCUACUCGUUGUUUAGAAUGCUUCUACAUCACGCAAUCAAGCAUGAGUAUGGUGGAUGGAGAGUGUGGGUGGAUACAUUGGCUAUUGUUCAUUCUAAGGUGUCUUACGAAGAAUUCAAGCUCCAAUUCGCUCAAAUGUAUGAACAUUAUGAGCAACGCAGAGCUGACAAUAUAACUGACCCCGCCGAACGUCAGCAGCGGCCUAUCUCAACAAUCUCAGGAUGGGAUCGGCACACAGAACCCCGUCCUUCUCGAGUAUCUCCAGAGAGGGAUGUUAAACAAAAUGUAUUAAACCAUGCCGCCCAAACAGAAAUCGGCAAAGGAUUGUCCCUUAGAGAAAUAGAAACGUGCAAUUGUAAAUCAAACGAUGAUAGUCGGACUACAGUAGUGUAUAGUGAAGUGUGUAAAGUUCAUAGUCCUGCCAAAAAUACCCAAGUGCCCGAUAACGGUUGUGAUAGUGAUAAAAAUGAAUUAGAUGAACAGCCGGAGUCAAUAGUUCAAUCGAUUGUAGAGAAUGAACUUCUCAAAAGUUCCGAAUCUGGUAUUGUAGCGGAAGAUGAGAAAAACGAUAAACCCAUAUCGCGACAGGGAAGCCUCGAUUAUAUACCUGUUAGAGAUGUUGGCGAGAAUUUGGUUAAUGAUAACACUGAUAAAAGUGAGGGAUUGCCUUCUAGUUUAUCAGUCAGCGAAACAACCAGCCCUGAAAGAGUUUCUGAAGGACUUAACCCCGUUAAUGAAAGAGAAUCAGAACUUUCAGAUCGAUCGGAAUUAUAUUUAACUCCGAGUGAAGCAACCAGCCCAAAGAAAGUACAAGAUAAGACUGAUUUACCAGACGACGUCACUGACGAUCCUAAGCAUGUUGCCAUAAACAUUGUUAAUGAUGUACUGACGAUUGCAUUGGAAACUGUAAGAUUAAAAACUGAUGACGACACCGAUUCCGGCGCUAUAUCCGGUGGGCUCAAUUCAGAAGGAAAUACACCAAAUGGGCGAGAAGACUUAGAGCACGAUAUAGAAGACAUUGUCGACCACAAACAAGUUGAAACUAUCGCUAGUGAAAUAGUUUCGGAUAUAAUCGAUUCAGUUGUUAUGAAAAGUGAAAUGCCUGAAGGUCCCAAUGAAGAUUACAUCAAAAGUGAAUUAGCAAUCGAUAACGAAUUUAUAGUUCCUAAUGAAACAGAACACGAAAAAGAAAUUGAAAAAGAAACUGAAAUUGAAAUUGAUAAAGAUGAAGAAAAUACAAAGAACGAACAAUCAAGUGAACGACCACGUUCGAUUCUAGAACCGAAACCCGAAAUUCCAGCAAUAUCAACAAUUAGUGAGAAUAUUUCGUUAGCGAAUAAGGAACAGGAGAUUCAAGAAGAUAAAUGUGAUAUUGAUAGGGAGAAACGCCGGGUAAGUUUGCCCGGAAGUGAAAUAACGCCUGAUUUGAGAGGUGAAGGCAUUGCCUCGCAAGGAACUAAUACUUCGACAUCACCAAAACGACCCAGGAGCGCCUCGACCAGUACUCAAGUGGACUCAAAUCAUUUUGAAUGUUCCCGAUCGGCGCGUGCGUCUCGCGCAAUGUUCUCUCCUGGUCCAACGCGGCCUCCUUUCCGCAUCCCGGAGUUCCGUUGGUCUUAUAUUCACCAGCGCCUGCUUUCUGAUGUCCUGUUCUCUCUUGAGACUGAUAUACAGGUCUGGCGCAGUCAUUCAACCAAGUCAGUGAUUGAAUUUGUGAACAGCAGUGAAAAUGCAGUUUUUGUUGUCAAUACUGUGCACCUCAUCAGCCAGUUGGCGGAUAAUCUUAUCAUUGCCUGUGGAGGCUUAUUGCCACUGUUGGCUUCAGCUACAUCACCUAAUAGUGAAUUGGAUGUUAUCGAACCAACUCAAGGUAUGCCCGUCGAAGUAGCAGUUACCUUCCUCCAAAGGCUUGUGUCGAUGGCUGACGUACUGAUAUUCGCAAGUGCCCUGAACUUCGGAGAAUUGGAAGCUGAGAAGAACAUGUCCAGUGGUGGAAUACUUCGGCAGUGUUUACGCUUGGUCUGCACGUGCGCGGUACGCAACUGCCUCGAGUGUAAGGAGCGACAGCGCUGCGCGGCGCGACCCACACGGAGUUCCGAAUCACCCUCGCCAAAGAGCGUAGUAGCGAGUUUAGCAGAGGCGUCGAGUCCCGUAAAAGACCCAGAAAGGCUGUUACAAGACAUGGAUGUUAAUCGUCUGCGAGCUGUUAUAUACAGAGAUGUUGAGGAAACGAAACAAGCUCAAUUCUUAUCAUUAGCCAUCGUCUAUUUUAUAUCAGUGCUUAUGGUGUCGAAGUACCGCGACAUUCUGGAACCACCACCGCACGCCACUGCGUCAACAGACUGCGCACGUCGCAUUCACCACACCCAUGAACACGCUGGCGGGUCCCGGCCCCUUUUCGCGCAGUGGUCGCAUCACGUCUACCCGCAGUUCCUGGGUGGUGCGCAGGCGGCGCGUCACGCGCACUGCAAACUGGAUUGCGCGCACAUUAGCACUAACACGCACGCGCACGCUCGCAUAGCUAGUUACCACCGCGCGCACGCGCACGGGCACGCAGAUGAAACAGCAGAGGACGUUGAAUACGCAAUGAUUGUUGUUGACGAAAACAACUCCACUGCUCACGACCUGGACUCACCGUCCAUGAAGGAUGGCGAAAACAUCGCGAAAAUUGAAACCAGCACUGAUGAAGUGAAACCAUCUGAAAAGACCGUAGAAGCUACUCCAACCGCCGAAAGAGAGGAACCGCUGUUCCAGUCGAGUUUGAGAAGACCUGCGCGCGCGCCCAAGAGUGUGGAUUCCAUUGAGGACGCGGGGUCGUUCCAUCUCAACUCCACAGAGACAACAAAUAAUGAUCCAGAGACAUCUAGCGAGAUUGCAUUGGACGACAAUAAACAUCCCGUGAGCAACGAUGAGUCGUGGACUGACGUGAAUUUGAAUGAUGACGCAGAACGUGGACCAGCCACUAUUUCUGGAAGACCACGAGAUCAUGAAGAAAUAGAGAAACAAAUACAUCUACGCAGCGAACAACACGUGCAACGUUUGCAAAAUCGUAACUUACAAGCAGCCCAAAGACACUUACAUCAGGAAGCAGCGACCACUUGUAGCGAUAAUGCAGGCUGUGAAAUCACGGGUGUAGGGGCUCGUGAAGCCUCUCUCACACAUAAAUUGGAACGUGCCUUGGGUGCUGUAUGCCCACUACUUCGUGAAAUCAUGUUGGAUUUUGCACCAUUUUUGUCAAAAACACUCGUUGGCAGCCAUGGACAGGAGCUUUUAACUGAAGGUCUUCAAACGUUUAAGACCAGCACGUCUGUGGUGGAACUGGUGAUGUUGCUCUGCUCUCAAGAGUGGCAGAACUCCUUACAGAAGCAUGCUGGCCUGGCAUUUAUUGAGCUGAUCAAUGAAGGAAGAUUGUUAUCUCAUGCUAUGAGAGAUCAUAUUGUCCGAGUCGCUAAUGAAGCGGAGUUCAUUCUGAAUAGAAUGAGGGCUGACGAUGUUCUGAAACAUGCUGAUUUCGAGUGCCUCUGCGGUACAUGGGGUGCUGAACGCGGAGAGGAAGAGCGGACGUGCGAGCGUUUAAUUGCGGGAGCGAGACGCAGAGACACGGCGUCCGCUGCUCGGAUGCUCGAUAAGCUUCACCACGCAUGCGCCGCUAGCUGUGGUGGUAGCGGAGCGCCAUCUUGCGAGCACUGGAAGCUGGAUUCAUGGGAAGACGACGCGAGGAGACGUCGACGUCUAGUUCCAGACGCGCGCGGAAGACGACAUGAUGAGCGCGCGCAUUCUACGCACCAUGCCCAGCCACACCCACCAACAGAUGCUAUAUUACAGGCGACAGAGGAACUCCAUGCGCGAAUUGCGGGCGUGUCGGGAGGUGCACAGUUACCGGCUGCGCCUGCGCAGGAGUUGCUCGAUGACGCCGAGUUACUCAUUGAUGAGAGGGAUGCAGAACAGGAUCUUAGUGGUCCUGUAAACAUGAGCACGCGGGCGCGUCUAGUAUCGGGUGGAAUGGCUGCCCUCGGCACAUUGUCGCUGACAGCUACUGAACUAUACUUUGAAGUGGAUGAAGAGGAUCCGGAAUAUAAGAAGAUUGACCCCGAGGUAAGUCCUCUUGAAAAGGAAAACAUAAUUUAA